GCCGAUUAGUUUAGUCGUGAUGCAUUUCGCAAAUUGGAGGUAAACCCUGCGGCGAACUGCCGCUUUCUAGUCGUUUUUCAGUUUGUCCCGUGAUUCUUCGUCGGGGGCGUUCGCAGUGCGCGAUUAUAUUGCAUGGCUACAGAGGAAGAGCAUAACGAGAAAUCCCGUAGAGAGCGCAGGAAGGAAGCUCGAUUGGCAAAGAACAAGAAAAAGUUCGAUUCUUGGGUCCAGCAUCAACAAUCCGCCAAAUCGAAGGAAUCCAUUAAAGAUACGACUCAAUCGACGAAGAAAUCGGAAAGUGGAGAUGAUUUCGGUGAAUCCUCGAGAAGGAAACUUGAGAAGGGGAAGAAAUCAGAGGAUUUCAAAGAACUUAAAACCUCCAGGAGUUCGAAAUAUGAGAAGGAUUUAAAACAGAAGAAGAGCUCAAAGAAAAGCUCCAAUAGCAAAUUCUUUGACUAUCUACGAAUGGAAACGGAGGGAAGAGUUCCAUCUGCUGAGGAAGAUUUGAUGAUAGAGAGGAGACUUGCAAAGAAACUCAAGGUAAAGAAUGGGAGGUUAAGUGCAGGUAAUGACGAUUUUGAUACAUUGCUUGAUGGAAUACCCUCUGUACUUGACUACCUUGACAAAGAUGGUGAAGCCACUCCGCUUGCUGACAAUGGUGAUUUAACUGGCGAACGGGGAGAGUGCAGUUCAGCUGAUGAUGAGGAUGGAGUUUCAAAUGAUGAGGAGGAUGGACUUUCAGAUGAUGAAGAGGAUGGAGUUUCAAAUGAUGAGGAAGAUGGAGUUUCAGAUGAUGAAGAGGAUGGACUUUCAGAUGAUGAAGAGGAUGAAGAAUCUGAUUCACUAGUUGAUAGUGAGGACUAUGAUAAUAUAGGGGAUAGGAUCUCGCCAGGGGAUUCAAAAAAGAGGAAGAGACAGAAAACAAGGUUUGAAGAGUAUCUCGAAAAUAAUGUUGAUAGUGGGAGAAGUUCUGCUGAAGCAGAUUUGGCAUUGGAAAGGAAACUUGCAAAGAAACUUAAGAUAAAAACGGGGAAGUUAGGGGGUGACGAUGAUGAGAUGAACAUGUUGUUAGAGGGAAUUCCUUCAGUGCUUGAUUCUAAAAGCAAACAUGAGGAAAGGCCUAAGACAGAUAUAAGUUCCAAAAAGGGUGCAUCGAAGCCUAUAGAACUUUCUUCUGAGAUGCCAUUGGAAAAUGCUCCCAAUUCGAGAGAAGGGAAAUAUGUGGCACCUCAUCUUAGAUCUAUCAAUGGAAAUGAAUCCACAGAACAUGCUCAAGUGCGUAAACGUGUGAGAGGACUUUUAAACAGGCUUUCUGAGACCAAUGUGGAGUCAAUCACAAAUGAAAUUUCUACGCUAUUUCAUUCAGUUGGACGCAGUGUUGGUUCUCAAAUCAUAACUGAAGAAGUUGUCUCUUCAUGCUCUGGAGGUCCUAGAGGGAGUGAACAGUAUGCUGCUGUUUUUGCGGCAUUUGUUGCUGGGAUGACAUGUAUGGUGGGGAUUGACUUUGGUGCCAAACUACUUGCGCAUCUUGCAAAAUGUUUUGAGGAAGAGUAUUUGAAAGAAGACAAUCUCUCUUUGCGGAAUAUAACUCUUUUACUUUCCUAUUUAUAUGUUUUUGGACUUUGUUCAAGCGAGUUGAUCUAUGACUUCCUGAUCAUGCUUGGAAAGCAGUUAACAGAGGUUGAUGUUUCUACAGUGUUGACAGUUUUGCAAUGUUGCGGUAUGAAAUUGCGUGGGGAUGAUCCUACUGGAAUGAAGAACUUCAUUAUGAGUGUACAGAGUCGGGUAAAUGAACUGAAGGCAGCUUCUGAAGCUGGGCAGUCAAAUAUAAGCAACAAAAGAAUGGAAUUUAUGCUUGAAACUAUAUUAGAUAUUAAGAACAAUAAAAAAAGACGCAGGGAGGAUACAGUGCAACACUCCAGGAUAAAGAAAUGGCUGCAGAAGUUAAGAGUGGAUGAUAUAUUAAUUCGCGGGUUGAAAUGGAGCAAGCUUCUUGAUCGUGACAAGAAAGGCCAAUGGUGGUUGUCUGGCGAUCUUGCCACUACUACAGAGAAUGUUGAAGAGGUUGCGGGUACAAUUGAUAAGGAAAUCACAGAAACCAAAAGGAUGCUUGAACUUGCUGCGGCGCAGAGGAUGAAUACAGAUGCAAGAAGAGCAAUAUUUUGUGUAAUUAUGAGCGGAGAGGAUUACAUCGAUGCUUUUGAGAAACUCUUGAGACUAGAUUUACCAGGGAAGCAGGAUCGAGAGAUCAUGCGGGUACUUGUGGAGUGCUGUCUACAGGAGAAAGUAUUCAACAAAUACUAUUGUGUUCUUGCAUCGAAGCUAUGCAGCCACGACAAAAACCACAAGUUCACCUUGCAGUACUGCUUGUGGGAUCACUUCAAGGAACUCGAGUCUAUGCCAUUGAUCAGAUCAAUGCACCUGGCAAAAUUCACAGCCGAAAUGGUGGCCUGUUUCAGUCUUUCAUUAGCCGUUUUAAAGGUUGUUGAUCUAAAUGACAUUAUUAGCCUUACUCCCAAGAGGAUCAUGCAUUUCCGGAUGCUAUUUGAGGCUAUACUCGAAUUUCCUGAUAAGCUCACUUGGAACAUAUUCACCCGCAUUGCCGGUGCUCCAGAGCAUGAGCUUCUUAGGAGCGGGAUCUUGCUUUUUAUCGGCAAGUACAUUGUUACAAGUCAGAAGUCUCUAGAAAAGAAGUUCAAGUUGGCAAAGAAAGCUCUGAACAACGUUGAAGGUGUACUAAUGUGAUGCGAGUUUGUCGAUGAAUUCAUGUUUGAACUCGAAUAUAUAUAUUACAUCAUCCACAAGAAAAAUUUUGUAGCCAAGAUUCGUUAAUUAUGUUGCAAUUCUGUGUUUUCAACAGAAGUCAAUUCAAGGUAAAAUUUCCAUUAUAAAUUAGUGACAGAAUACACUCUGCAAGUACCUGAUUGUAGUGGACAAGUAUUUC